CACAGAGGAGCCGCUCAGGUACACAACAGAGAGGAGCCGCUCAGGUACACAACACAGAGGAGUCGCUCAGGUACACAACACAGAGGAGUCGCUCAGGUACACAACACAGAGGAGUCGCUCAGGUACACAACACAGAGGAGUCGCUCAGGUACACAACACAGAGGAGUCGCUCAGGUACACAACACAGAGGAGUCGCUCAGGUACACAACACAGAGGAGCCGCUCAGGUACACAACACAGAGGAGUCGCUCAGAGAAGGGAAAUGCUGUAACCAGUGUGUGCUGAACUGUCAUUAACAUUGUGGAUACUACAGUGCCUUAUUCAACAUGGGGUUUGGAAGUGAUCUUCCGAAUUCCCACGAGGCUUUGCUAAAACUGCAAGAAUCUGAGCUUAAACUUCUGGAGACAUUAAAGAAGUUUAUGGUCCUACGAGUUAAAAGUGACAAAGAAUAUGCAUCUUUGCUGCAGAACAUUUAUCAGCAAGUGGAGAAGCAUGAUACCUCCUCACCAGUGGAUUGUAUUACCAAUGUCCCCAAGUCCUGGGCAUGCAUGCUGCAACAGACAGAACAGUUGAGCAGGAUAAUGAGGACACAUGCUGAAGACCUAAAUGUGGGACCUUUAUACAGACUGACCAUGAUGAUCAAAGAUAAGCAACAACUGAAGAAAAGCUAUCACAGUAUCCAGCAACAACUGGAGGCUGAAAUGUGCAAGGUAACCAAGACUGAACUUGAAAAACUGAAGUCUUCAUACAGACAGUUAGCCAAAGAAGCUAACUGUGCAAAAGAGAAAUAUAAAGAGGCCCUUUCAAAAGGAAAGGAGACUGAAAAAGCUAAAGAAAGAUUUGACAAGGCCACCAUGAAACUCCAUAAUCUGCACAACCAGUAUGUGUUAGCAGUUAAGGGAGCCCAGCUGCACCAGGAACAGUAUUAUGAUAAAGCUCUUCCUCUCUUGCUCGACUCCCUACAGAAGAUGCAGGAGGAAAUGAUUCUUGCACUAAAGGGAAUUCUAGAAGAGUACACCCAAAUCACUAGCCUUGUAACAGAGGAAAUAGUAAAUAUCCACAAAGAUACUCAAAAUUCCAUUGAACAGAUUGACCCCAGCUCGGAGUACAAUUCCUUCAUUGAAAAUCAUAGGUCACCGGUAAUUAAGGAGACAGGCAUUGAAUUUGAUGUUUUGUUAUUAGAAGAUAUGGAAAACCUUCAUGCGAAUGAAAUUCUUUGGAAUAAUUUAACAGCAGAAAGCUUGCAAGCCACGAUAAAAGCAACAUCUGAGGAAUUGAACCAAACUCAACAAACUAUAAGCAGCAAGGAAGAAAUAAUGCUGGAAUUGGAGAAGAAAAUCGAUGAAGCUUCAACGACAUACGAAAAGAAAUCUGAUAUUGUGUUGUUGCUGAGUCAGAAGCAGGCAUUGGAGGAGUUGAGACAGAGUGUGCAGCAGAUGAAAUGUGCUGAAGCUAAACUCUUUGCACAGAAGGAAAUGUUGGAACGAAAGGUGACAGAGAAUGAUGGUAAAGAACCACCUCCCGUCAUGGCUUAUGAAGAGGAUGCAAGAUCCAUCACUUCCAUGGAUAAAGGAAAAGACAAGGUUUCAAAAUUUGAUUCUAUUCGACACUCCAUAGCUGGAAUGAUUCGAUCACCAAAGAAUUACCUGACUUCAUCUUUCUUUGAUGUGAUGCCCACCAGUGAGAAACCCUUAGCAGAGCAAGACUGGUAUCAUGGAGCAAUUCCUCGGAUAGAAGCACAAGAGCUGUUGAAACAGCAGGGAGAUUUCCUCGUCAGAGAGAGCCACGGCAAACCUGGUGAAUACGUUCUCUCUGUCUUCUCAGAUGGGCAGCGGAGACACUUUAUCAUCCAGUACGCAGAUAAUCAGUAUCGAUUUGAAGGAACUGGAUUUCCCACAAUUCCUCAACUUAUUGAACAUCAUUAUACAACAAAACAGGUGAUCACAAAAAAAUCCGGAGUAGUCCUAUUGAAUCCUGUUGUUAAGGACAAGAAAUGGGUUCUCAAUCAUGAAGAUGUAACCCUUGCAGAAUUACUGGGCAAAGGAAAUUUUGGGGAAGUUUUCAAAGGAACCUUAAAAGAUAAAACUCAGGUUGCUGUAAAAACAUGCAAAGAAGAUUUGCCACAGGAGCUGAAAAUUAAGUUCUUAUCGGAAGCGAGGAUACUCAAGCAGUAUGAUCAUCCAAACAUUGUCAAGCUGAUCGGGGUCUGUACUCAAAGGCAGCCUAUUUACAUUGUUAUGGAGCUUAUUCCAGGUGGUGAUUUUCUUUCAUUUUUAAGGAAGAAGAAGGACGAAUUGAAAAUGAAACAACUGGUAAAGAUGUCUUUAGAUGCUGCUGCCGGUAUGGCUUAUCUUGAGGGGAAAAACUGUAUUCACAGGGACCUGGCUGCUCGUAACUGCCUUGUAGGUGAAAGCAAUGUACUGAAAAUCAGUGACUUUGGCAUGUCGAGACAGGAGGAUGACGGGAUCUAUUCAUCUUCGGGCUUGAAGCAGAUUCCUAUCAAAUGGACAGCUCCAGAGGCCUUAAAUUACGGGCGAUACAGUUCAGAGAGCGAUGUGUGGAGCUAUGGAAUACUCCUGUGGGAGACUUUCAGCUUGGGAGUGUGUCCAUAUCCUGGAAUGACAAAUCAGCAAGCUCGAGAACAGGUUGAAAAAGGUUACAGAAUGUCAACACCACAGAAAUGUCCAGAGGAAAUCUAUAAUAUAAUGCUGAGAUGCUGGGAGUACAAACCAGAAAACCGACCAAAUUUCAGCGAUAUACACAAAGAACUCACAGCCAUCAAAAAGAAAAUAACGUAGUGAAAUGGAUGGAUAAAUGUUGACCGUAGGAAAUUCAGUAUUCAUUUGUUGAAAGGAAUUCAGGAGGUUCAAAAUAUCGAUUUUCUUUGUUG